CCUAAAAUGGAGACCCACGAUCGUCAGCUAGAACUACAGAACAGGAAGUACAGCAAGAGCAAAAAGAAAGUCAAGAAAGUUAAAAGAAAGAAGACCAAAGCUGAAUACCCAGUGCUUGUGAAGAAAACUCCGAGUGAGAUAGCGGAAGAAGAGAGAUCAGCAUUUGAUGAUGAUCCUCCUUUUGUUACAGAGACUGAAUUUGCAACUUAUAGACAGAUGAUAUCCUCUAGAGGAGCUGAGAAUCGAUACCAACAUAACUUUGAAGAGCCUCAAUAUUAUUACGACGAACAAAGAUUCCUUGAAGAAUCUGAUAACUUUAAAGUCAAGAAGAAACAUAAGAAAGAAAAGAAGCACAAAUAAAGAUAAAAAGGGUAGAAAGAUCAAAAAGUUGCAAAGCCAUGACCAAAAUAUUGGGUCACUAGGCCUCAAAAGGAAAGCUACAAUUAUUGUAAGUAAGAAGAUAGUCAGACAGGCUACUGAGCGGGGCCAAACUUUGAAGGAAUAUAUCAGGGCAAACAAUUUGCAACUAGUUGAUCCAGAUGAUAAUGAUAUACAAAGGCUCAAAGCCAGUUCUUCAAAGAAGAAAUCUUUAAGACCUAAAACUCAACCUGCAAAAUUCAAAUCAAGAUGGUAUGAAGAAGAGAAAUCAUGGAACCAAGAAAGCUUUGAUUCUUAUCGUAAAUAAAAACAGUAGAGUCUUGUCCUCUGCUGAAGGAAAUCCAGCUAUGCAAAGAAGAAGCUCGCUAGACCAGCAGAAAAUUUAUAAGCAAUUUACCUUAAAGCCUAAGAAAAAGUUGAAAAGAACCAAUACCGCUAUGAGCGAGGUGGCCAAAAAGCUUAAAGAUGUUGAAGUGGUUCAAAAGAGAAAGCAGAAGAAAAAGAUAAAAAUCCCUUGGAGCAAUAUCACCACCAACGACAUUCAUAUUUUUAUAUUCCUCGUAAUCCUUCUCAUCUUUGGAGUUAUUCUCUCUAUUGCGGAGUUUAUGGAUUACUCUAGUUCUUUCUGAAAUCAAGCGAAGGAUCAGAUUCCAGAACUAUGGACCUACACUGAGCUUGCUCUUACGACUAUAUUAAGGAUUGGGAUGAUCCCAAUAAUAGGGGUUGACCUUAUCUACAAGAAGAAGUCUCCAGUAAAGUUCAUUUAUCCGUUCUUGAUCCCGACUAUAAUAACCUCUUCUGUCGCAAGCUCACAUAUUGGGAUUAAUGCAUAUGAUUAUGAGCUGUGAAGAGAAAGAAAUUUCUUUUUUAACUUAAAUUUUGCAGAAGCAUACGUAAUUGCUGUUUGAGUCAUCCAUAUCUUCAUGAUAAUAGUCUGAACUCUAUCCUCAGCCGUAUUAUUAACCCCUGAAGGUAGAGAUGAUUAUGAAGAAGUCCCUAAUCCCGAAAAUCACAGUAAACCAAGAUAUGUUAGAAUUAUGAUAUACUGAGGAGCUGGAACUGUGUUGGCAUUUUUUGCACUCCAAGGAUUAUUCAGUCUUAUUGUGUUCCUGGGCAGUUUUAAGAAAUUUGUUCCCAGCAUCUUUGUAGAAAUUCUUACACCAAUAUCACUCGGGUGAUUUUGAGUAUUUCAUCAAUAUCUUUCUAAUAAGUAGAUAAUUUCAAAUUAUUCGUAUUAAAAA